AUGGCACGAUCAUUUUAUGAAAACGACGAGCGAAUUGUAACGAAACCAGGCUACAAUGCCGAGAUCAACGAACAGUUGAAGGAGCAAGAAGGAUCACACGGAAUUGUAGGCUUCGUCAAUGGAAUGGAAGUGCGGACUUUCCCUAUAUUGGAGAAGUAUGCCCAUAAAGCCAGAGUUGUUUUGCACGACAAUUUGUCAUACUACGGAGCAGAAUUAUCUACUCAGUUUUCCUCAGUUUCCAAUGAACUCAGGAAUCUCUCAGAUGAAGUCAAAUCCGUAAUAAAAGAGCCGGUAUUACCAGCGGGUAUUUUUGUGUUGACUUCAGCAUUGACCGGUUCCAUUCUCGUCAAUAGACGAAUGCUCCCCAUAAGGUUCUUCACCCCAAUUGUGUUUGGAGGUGUGGCUUACAAGUAUUUUAUGCCACAUUCAUAUAUUGCAACCGCUGAUAAGAUAACUGCUUAUGAACAACUGCAUUUCCCCCAGUUGUAUGAAAAACACAUUGAGCUCACAAAUAAGGUACAAAGUGAACGUAAGAAUAUUAACGGUCAGACUGAGGAAGCCAAAGUACAGUUGCAAAACUCCAUCCAUAACAUGCGUGAGUUUCUCAUCAACUUCUUCUCCGAAAAGUAA